AUGGAGGUGGACCCAUAUAUAAAGAUAAGAACGGAGAAGCCCAAGGGUCAAGAUCCAAGACCUUCUUCUAAGUGGAGACUGGUGAUGACCUCUCAAAGCAUGACACGUGGAUUAUCUAGCCUAGCUAGUUGCUCGGUCAGUUAUAGUACCAACAGUAGUCCCCCAAGUUCGCAAUGCACUGCCCAUAGUCCCCCAAGUCCCCGGGUAAGGACAUUUGGAAGGGAGAGAACUUGGCACGAUGGUGUCGAAGGUGAAUGGGUUCUCGAAGGCACAAAGUUGCACGGGGGUACCGAAGGCGACACGGGGCUUGCAUGUCACAAGGCAAUGUGGCUAGGCACUAAGGUGCCGAAGGCGACACAAAGCUUGCGUGUCGCAGAGCGAUGUGGCUAG